AUGUUCCGAUUUUUACCAACGGUGACAGUAAAAAAAAUGAUUUACCGCUCCCAGACCGUUGCGCUUAAAACGUACCUUCAAAGCUGUCGAGCAUCAUCCAAACUUGGCUGCUUGGACCCUCCGGAGCUCCGACUCAGUUGCUUAAACCCAAUAAGGCAUCCAUUUUGCUACCCUGACAAACGUAUCGCAUUGUGUGAUCCACAGAGCAAAAAAAUGAACGCUCUCGAGAGGGGGACGGAAGUCUAUGAGCAACCAAUGCUCGGACAAGCCAGUGCAGCAUACCCAACGACGAGCUACACGGGUGUCCCUAGUGGGGUAUCGCAGAUGCCCACCACAUAUCAUCCAUACAUGGGUGGUCCAUACGACUUUCAGCAGCCAGCGAGGAUAGCGAAGUCCACUGGAAUGCGUGCCAGCAACCUCAGCGAAGGCCUCUCACGAGCUGUCGCCCCUCUCGAGGGAGACAGAUAUAUGUUCAUUCAGCCCCACGUGUCUAACAGCCGCCCCGUCAUCACUUCUUCGUACCCAUCCUUAUUUCCCUCCUUAUCGGUUCCAACUACACAAAUGCUGAGCAAAGGGCUCAGCAAUCAGCAGAGCUAUCUUGCUCCCGGAGGUUCUGUCAAUCCCAGCAACCUCACUCUCCGCUCACGGCCUGCAUCUCGAUCUCAUGUUCGAUCGCCAGCGGUGAACGUACCUACCGUCAGCGCCAUUCCGAACUUUGAGGAUCCGAUCCGGACACGUGCGCACACCGAUGGAGAGGCCUAUUCCGCCCUGUGCGAAGACGCUGCUGUUUCCUGUGUCUCUCGACCACUCACCACCUCCCGUCGUGCAAAGUCGAGCUCAACUUCUCGUAAUCUCCCGAUUGCUGCCACUUCGUCGCGAAGUGCUAUGUACGACGUCUCGAAGACCUUGGAAGGUACCACCGAUCACUCUGCAUCGACUGUCCCUACCAGCAUGAAGCCCAUGCACGGACAACAGCUAGAGACAAUUGUGGAGGUUCCCAGCGAAGAACUAUAUGCGAUGCCGGCAUCCGUAGACGAUCAUGCAUCGUCAAGCAUCCCUCACGCAGUGGAUGAAGUGGAUACGGAAGACGUCGUAUACGAACCGGAGGAAAGAGAGUGCUAUGCCACGGCACCGUCUCACGUAAACGAUGCUUCUGCUCAGCAAGACUUUGGGCAGGUCAGUUUGAUAUUCGAACGCAUCGCAGGGCGCCUUGGAAUCCCCUUCGAGGAAGUUGUUGCGCGAUUUGACGUGUUCAGACUGGACAAACGCGCAGAGCAUGAUGCGUUUCAAUUGUACAAGGCAUAUUACAACAUGCACACGGAGGAGGAAUCGAAGCGAGUUCCUCUAGCGACCGAUGGCGAUAUCAGUCACGACGCCGAGCAUGUAUACAAGUGCUGGCAAGCAUUCAAGAAUGCGAACCCGUCGCAGUGGCCAUCGAUCCUCGUGUUUAAGAGUCGCAUUCCUGACGAAAGACUUUCAAAUGAUGCGGCUUCAGAGCGGAGGCGAGUACUAGAAUACUUCAUGAGACAGCUGAGGUCCACGCUGGAUGCGCUUGCUGAGAGCUACGGUUUCCAUUCCGUGCUCAUUGUCAGCGGAAAUGACAUCGUGAGGGACGAUGGAAUUGGCAUGGCGUACGAGUCAUCAGAGAGUGAGGGUUUCCUGUGCAAGCUCACGCGUUCGUCCACAGAUGAAGUGAUAGGACAUCUGAAAGCCCACGUGUGGAACAAUCAUUCUACUGCACGGCUCGCACAAGCCAUGACGCCGGAAAAAGCCCCCGUGCGGUCAACUCACAAUGACGGCCGGUCAAACGAUGAUGCUCCUAUUGAGCCUGAAGAAGCAGCUCAACCUCUCAAGACGAACCCAGAUGAUCUCUCUGGCAUGUCCGAUAACAGCCUCCUGACACAGCUUAGGAAGGUCUAUGAAGCUAUGUUGGAAGUCCAGCACGGCAUUCCUUGUCAACCCCUUCCUUGGGUGAAACUGCCGUGCAAGCUUGCCACGAAUGGUCUCGUGUUCGAGAACUGGCCAGAGAACGUUCAGUACCCUGGCCAGGUCGAGUCAGGCAAUAAAGGGAUCGGAGUUCUCAGCGGUGACGAGCGACAGCGCUUCCUGCGCGCGCUCACGCAGUUACCACAGGAACAGCGUGUCAGGCUCCGUGCAUGCGAUCGUCAGGAACUUCGUGAUGAGCAUGUAGUGCUUAUUAUCUCGGGAGUGCCUUCCUCCCAGUUCAGUGCAAGCGGACUGCGCGUUUUCUACAAUCUCAGAAACAGCCGAAUAAUCGUCGACCAGCUGAAUGAUGAGCAGGGAGACCGAUUCAAGAAGGUCGAACGCGUGGAUGUUGAGGUGGCGGUGCACUCAUCGACUUCGCAAAAAUGCAAGGUAGACCUGCCAGAUGCUCCCAACAAACGUGUACGCUAUACAGCGUAUACGGAAGACGGAAAUUGUGUGGAGCGCUUUCCAUCUGAUGUUAGCGACGGUGAAGAGGAACCCUUGGGGAACAGCCAAUCGGAGCUAGAGGUGUCCCGACCUGGUCAUCAAUUCAGCACUGCCAAGAAGGCGGACCUUCCCUCGGCACAUUCAGCAUCAGAAAAAGUCGAAGUACUCAGCGAUCGGCCGGCACAAAGUCUCGUCACGUCGGGCUCCACCAGGCACGCGGGACCGGCUCGCAGUGAAUCAGCGCAAUCCGUCCACGGUGCAAGCGAGAGCCAUCGUGCGCCUCCCGGUAUGGAUCGGCAAAGUUCUGGCUCCAGGGGUAUGGUAGCGGUAACACAACUGCGCGACACGUCAGCCGCUUCUCCAGCGGUGGAGUCCCCACACAGCAGCUCACAGCGCCUUGCACUCUCCGAUGUGCCAGCGUCUCCUCAUGCGAGUGCUGCUACGUCUGCAGCAGCGCGAGUCCCCCAGGAGUUCUUGGAGGUGAUGGCGACGCAAUACCUGAAAUUUCAGCAGCAAAAGAUCAACUCAUUGACUGCGCGCGACGCCGCCCCUCAUCAUGAGUCGAGCAUCGCAAAUGCUCUUGGGGAAGGAUUCGACGUAGGCCACGGAGAUUUCACGCUGAACCUAUCCCAAGGAUAUGCCGGCACUGAUGACGAAAUGUCUUUGUAUAUCAAUGACGACCUCCUGAUGGGUAAUUCCGGUGUCAACGAGUAG